AUGGAGUCAUCCACUUCGACCAUCAACGAUCCUUCCACUACCACCACGACUGCUACCACCUCUACCAUCGAGCAUUUGGGCGCAAUCACUGCCAACCCACCUACUGAACCCAACCAAACCACGAUUAUCAGCUCUACCAAGGAGGCAGGACUCUCUACCUCUACCGAGCAGCAAGAUGCCACCAUCACCACCUCGCAGCCGGAAUCGUACACCGUCAUACCACCUCCACCUAGAGAGGGCACCUUCAAGACAGUCGACGAUGUUGAAGCCCACCUCACCGCUCAUGCCCGCGCUAACCAAUACGAAAUCACGAAUCUAGACGUUCGCAAAAACCUAUUCUCCACUUGGAAAUGCGCUCUUGGACCGAAUCGCAAGCAGAUCCGGGCUAAGAAAGCUGCUGAGGCACUCGGAAACAAGCUUGAAAUUCCCACAUGCCCCUUUGCGAUGACGGUGAAACGAGAUCCGGUUACCGAUACUUGGUACAUCAAGAUUGAGGACAACAAACACAACCAUGGACCAAUACUCGACCUCAAGAUUGAUCAUGAUGCGCCCUUGCCCGAUAAACCCAACAGCAAGAGCGUACCAGCCCCAAAGGAAUCGAAUGCCCCAUUAUCUACGUUAUCUGCAAUCCCUGAGCGAUAUCAAGCCUUGAUCUCAAAUUUGCAAGAACUCGACGAUGCUACCGAGCAACGUUUACUUGCAGUCUUUGUAAGGGAUUGUCAACUAGCUAAAAAUAUAACUGAGCCAGUGAUCAACAAGGUACGGCCAGUGAUCAAUAAACAAUCGAGCACGACCACCGCUGGACCUUCCCAUUCGCAAUUGAAAUCAACAGUUGAAACUGCACAAGAGGCCAAAUUACAUGAACCACCGAAAGAUCAAUUGAAAUCAACAGUCGAAACUGAACAAGAGCCCAAAUUAGAUGAACAACCGAAAGAUCAAGAAGAACAAGCAAAUGAAGAACAAAAAAUUGAAGAGGAAGAAAAUGUGACCAUCGAUGAUAACGAUUCCGAUGAUAUUCCUACAACUUUAUUAAUUGAAAAACAAAAGGAAGCGAAAACUAGUGAUACUCAGACCAACAAUUCAUCGAAAACAACUAGUGAGGCGCCUUUGGAGGAAGCUACAGGUACUGAGAACGUCAUUUCAAGGCCACCAACCCGCAAAUCAACUCGAGUCAAUUCAUUCACAGAUAGUAUUGCACCUCCUAAGAAGAAAUCGAAGAAAAAUCGAAAAAGCCAUUCCAAUUCGACUCCUCCACAUACAGGAACAAGCACCCCCAAUGAGAUCAAAUUCCCGAACCACGAGAACGCAGAAGUCUUAACAGGAGUCAUCAAAGUGUGCCAUAUUUCUCUAUAA